GCCGGGAACCCGAUGCGGGAAAGCGGAUUCGGAGAUGGCCUCGGCUGGAGGAGGCGAGUGUGCGGCCGCCGCGCCGGAAGCCGACCGGCCUCACCAACGGCCCUUCCUGAUCGGGGUGAGCGGCGGCACAGCGAGCGGGAAGUCGACCGUGUGCGAGAAGAUCAUGGAGUUGCUGGGGCAGAACGAAGUAGACCACCGGCAGCGCAAGUUGGUCAUCUUAAGCCAAGACAGGUUCUAUAAGGUCCUGACUGCCGAACAGAAGGCGAAGGCCUUGAAGGGACAGUACAAUUUCGACCACCCAGAUGCGUUUGAUAACGACUUGAUGCACCAGACGCUGAAAAGCAUCGUAGAGGGCAAAACCGUGGAGGUCCCCACCUAUGAUUUUGUGACCCACUCCAGGUUACUGGAGACGACGGUGGUCUACCCAGCCGAUGUGGUUCUCUUUGAGGGCAUCCUGGUCUUCUACAGCCAGGAGAUCCGGGACAUGUUCCACCUGCGCCUCUUUGUGGACACCGACUCGGACGUGCGGCUGUCCCGGCGAGUUCUUCGGGACGUGCAGCGGGGGAGGGACCUGGAGCAGAUUCUGACCCAGUACACCACCUUUGUCAAGCCAGCCUUUGAGGAGUUCUGCCUGCCGAGCCUGGACUCACUCGUGUCACGUGGGCUGGGGCCCUCACAGGAACCUCCUCUUGCCUUGCAGACGAAGAAAUAUGCCGAUGUGAUCAUCCCUCGAGGGGUGGACAACAUGGUUGCCAUCAACCUGAUUGUGCAGCACAUCCAGGACAUCCUGAAUGGUGACAUCUGCAAGUGGCACCGAGCAGGGUCCAACGGGCGGAGCUGCAAGAGGACAUUUUCUGAGCCUGGGGACCACCCGGGGGUGCUGACCUCUGGCAAACGGUCCCACUUGGAGUCCAGCAGCAGACCCCACUGAGGAGCCAGAGCCUGUGGCCCCCUCAGCCUCCUGGGCAGGCCCCUCCUGUAGACUGUGUAUAGCUGGGGUUCAGAGAUGCCUACCUGCCCCCCAAAUAUUGGCCACCAUUUCUUCCUUCCACGUUACAGGGGGGUGUCACCCAGAGGUGGUGGCAAGGCAUCCUGGGGCGCACACCUACCUCCUCGUGCUUAUUAAGGAGUUUCCACAUCUCUAGGCCUCUGAGCAGUGCCCCAGAAUGCGCGGUACGCCCAGUCAGCUUGCCUCCGCAAGGAAGGAGUGUAAGGCACGUGGUUUUGUACACAUGGAAACAGCUGCCGGGCAGGCACCUCCGGCAGUGAGGGCGAGGUGCCCCGCAAGACCCAGUGAGCGCACAAGCAGGAAGCACCGAACCCAGAGUUUGAGGAGCUACCACCGGAUGUUCUCGAUUGUCUUCUACCCCUCACCGCCACGCUGUGUAACCAUCAGCUCCGUCUCCGGACUCCUCCGGGGGUGAGCCAGGGUGACACAGGUGAGCCAGGGCGACAUGGGGCUGAAAAGCCCAACAGCCUGAGCCCACCUCGUGGUGGCUUCAAAGCCAGCUGGGAGGGGCGGUGUGCACCGCAGACAGCAGCCCCGCAAGGCCAAGGCCACCGGGGCCCAAGGUGCUGUUCCUGGCACAGCUUGGCCAAGGGACUGGCUAGGUAGUAGAGGUUGGAGCAAGUGCCCUGCACACAUCACACCACAGUCGCCCAUGGGUGGGAUCUUCUGAUAACCCUCUUCCCCCCCCAACCCACACACACACAUUCAGCCAGCUGCAAAGGCACUUUUGAUCUUUCAGCGUGCCGGCUCCUUACAUGGGACGUGGCAUUGCUCAGUUCACUGGGGGCUGGUUUCUGAGCGAGCUCGCUACAUAGGAACUCUGUCAAACUCAUCGUGCCCUUUUGGAGCGCGAAUCAAAUAAACACCAAACGUUAAUGCUA